CCAUCUUCUUUCCUUGGUGAGAUUAAUAUAAACGAUGACAACAUCAUCGAAACACACCUCCAAUAUUCGUCCCCCUUUUCUCAUCGCUCGACUUUGACUCGAAAUUUGUAUAUUUAUUUUUUUGUAAAUUUUCAGCGAAAUCCUCAAUCGAACACGCAUACCUGAAGAACUGAUGACGUUAAUCAAUUUACAACUGCAGGUGUUAGGACUAAUGGAAUUUUCUGAUUCAAGGUAGGUUCAGAAGUGUUAAUUUUCUUCAGUUUCAAGGCAUUAUAUAAGUUCAAGUAAAAUUUGAUGUGUUGAACCAUUGCAUUCAGUCAGUGACAAGUGACAACUGCUUUUCAACAUACAGUAAGGUCAAUUAAAGAUUUAGAACGUGAUAAUUCUGAUCAAUUCAUAAAGAUUCUUGUAAGGACCAUUGCCAUUCUCAGAUUACAUUUUCUCGGUGAGUAUAUAUAGUAUAGAUAUAAACAAAUGAUCCCUAUGAUCUUAUACAUCAUCAUUUCUUUUCAUCUUAAGACAAGAUAAUAAUAAAAGAUCAUUUUGAAAUGAAGAGUGACAUCUUUUUGUGUUAAUAAUUAAUUAAUUAAUUAUUCCCUAUAUUUUAAGUAACACAUUACAGCAAAGUAGAUGGCUAGUAGAAAAAGAAGACUCCCAAAUGAUGCAGACACUAGUGCACUCCACAAGGAAUGGGAUGAAAUCUCUUGCCCAAUAUGCAUGGAUCACCCCCACAAUGCUGUUCUUAUCCAAUGCACUUCUCACUCAAAAGGCUGCAGAUCUUUCAUUUGUGACACAAGUUACAGACAUUCAAAUUGCCUCGAUCGAUUCAAAAAACUCGUAUCUGUAUCUGUAUCUGACACCAACGAAACCACCCCAACAAGUUUGCUACCCGUUAACACCAACCCCACAACACAAAAUCAUAGUUACGAAUCAACCGAAUCAGAUGCAAUUGGGUAUGUGGAGUUGGCCGGAGCACCACUGGGAGAUGGUGCUCCGGUGACUGUGACCGGAGAUUCUGAUAACACAUCGAGUUCGAGGUCUAACUGUAACCUGAAAUGCCCAUUGUGUCGGGGAAGUGUGGCGGGGUGGGAGGUGGUGGAGGAGGUCAGACAGUAUCUAAAUUUGAAGCCCCGGAGUUGUUCUCAAGAAACAUGUUCGUUUUCCGGGAACUACAGAGAAUUGAGACGCCAUGCUAGGCGGGCCCACCCGACUGCCCGACCAUCUGAUGUGGACCCGUCUCGUGAAAGAGCUUGGAGACGACUCGAGCACCAGAGAGAAUACGGUGAUAUUGUGAGUGCGAUUCGGUCAGCCAUGCCUGGGGCAGUUGUGUUUGGGGACUAUGCAAUUGAGAAUGGAGAUAAUAGUAAUAAUAAUAGUAAUAGUAGAUUACCUGGUGAGAAUAGGGGGGAGAGGGGGACUGGUGAAGGGGGGAAUAAUAAUAAUGGACACUGGUGGACUGCUUUUUUCUUGUUUCAGAUGAUUGGGUCGAUGGAACCACCGCCUGCUGACCGGAGAAGUGGUGGCGGCGGAGGCAGGCCUAGGGUUCCGACGAGACACCGGCGUCGACGGCUGUUAUGGGGGGAAAGUUUGUUGGGAUUGCAAGAUGAUGAAGACGAUGAUGAGAGCGAUGAUGAUAAUGAUAAUGAUAUGUUUGGGUUGAAUUUGGGUGCUGAUAAUGAUGAAGAUCGUCGUCCUUCUGAGAACACGAGGAGGCGUAGACGGAGGUUGACUCGAUACAGAUCAGACGAAGACCAAUCGUGAAAUAUCCGUUUUAUGCGGAUAAAGCAAAUGGAUUUAGCAACUCAGGUUUUCACAAAAGUGGAGGAGUGAAUUGUCAUUGAUGAUUGAACUUUGAAUCGGCAUAUCAUAUGCACAGUCGACUGUUGUUUAAUUUAAAAAAGAAAGAAAAAGAGGAGGUAAGUGAAGGAAGGCAGUGGUUAUGUUGUUAUUUGUUAACUUUCACAAACUGUGGGGGGAAGGGCAUCUAUUUUACUUCGUAUUAUGUGCUUGUUUAUAAACCAUUUAUGUUUUGAGUUAUUUUUAUGUCAUGGAAGAUUUUAAUUGAUGCAAUGGAUGGAUUAGAUUGAAGGCUAAAA